AUGGAGCAAAAUGGGUUCUCUGACAUCUCUGUUCCUUGGAGUAAUGAGUCAGCAUCUAGUUCACUGCCAGCUGAUCAUUUUGAUGGGGUGCUCAAGUAUCUGAAUCAAAUCCUCAUGGAGGACUUGGAUCAGAGGGCUUGUAUGUAUCAGGACAUCUCUGCUCUCCAAGCUGCUGAAAAAUCUUUCCAAGAUGCCCUUUUAGGUGCUGACUUGAAUGAGGUGUGUGCGAAUCGGAAAGGAUCAAGAGGAAAGAGAAACCAUGAUCAGGAAGAACCUGAGGAGAAUUCGGAAGGGAGGAGGAAGAAGCAAUUUGCAAGUUAUACUGAUGAAUUAUCAAUCCUGGAUAAUGAAGUAACUGAGAUAACAAUGUAUGACAAGGCACUGCUUUGCCCUAAGAUGAAUCCGGGAUUUUAUGAUGAAGAGCCACCAUCACUCUCUUUUUACUGCAAGAUAACGCCCGAAAGCCUCAAAUGGGAUCACAAAAAAUUAGGAUUACCUGAAGAGCCAAAAGGAGGGCGGCCGAAGAAAGCUAAUCAGAGGCCUAAUAUGAUAAGGGAAGUAGUUGAUUUAAACUCUCUUUUAACUCAAUGUGCACAAGCUGUGGCGAAUUUUGAUAACAGGACUUCUCAGGAAUUGCUGGUUAAAAUCAGGCAGCAUUCAUCUCCUUCUGGUGAUGCCACUGAAAGAAUGGCUCAUUAUUUCGCCGAUGCCCUUGAAGCACGCGUUUCUGGGGCAGGAGCAACCAUAUACACAGCUGCCCGAAGGAGGAAAAUGUCGGCUAAAGAUAUACUGAAAGCUUAUCAGUCGCACAUCUUGGCAUGCCCUUUUCGGAAAAUGUCAAACUUGUUCGCUGACAAGUCGAUUGGGAGAUUAACCAGAGGAGUGAAUACGAUUCACAUUAUAGAUUUCGGCAUUCUGUAUGGUUUCCAAUGGCCCUGCUUGAUCCAGGGCAUAUCGUUGAGGCCAGGUGGACCCCCAAAGCUUCGCAUUACAGGGAUAGACCUUCCUCAAACAGGAUUCCGCCCGGCUGAAAGAAUCGAGGAGACUGGACAGAGGCUCUCUUAUUUUUGCGAGAGAUUUAAUGUUCCAUUUGAGUAUCACACGAUUGCCGUAAAGGAAUGGGAAACCAUCACCCUGGAAGAUCUGAAGCUUGAUAGAAGCGAAACAAUCAUAGUUAAUUGCUUGUAUAGGAUGCGAAAUGUACCCGAUGAGACUGCAGAAUCGAGCAGCGCAAGAACGGAUGUUCUUGGCUUGAUCAGGAAAAUAAAACCGGACCUUUUUGUUCAUGGGGUUCUGAAUGGAACGUAUAAUGUCCCUUUUUUCGUGACUCGCUUUAAGGAGGCAAUGCAUCAUUUCUCUUCUUUGUUUGAUAUGUUCGACAAGACCUUGCCACGCCAUGAUCAAGACAGAAUGGUGUUUGAGAGGGAAAUUUUUGGGAGGGAUUGUAUGAAUGUCAUAGCUUGUGAAGGCAAGGAAAGAUUUGACCGGCCGGAGACUUAUAAGCAAUGGCAAGUGAGGAUUUUAAAGGCUGGUUUUAAACAGCUGCCAUUGAACCAAGAUAUUGUGAGAGAAGUUAGGGCUAAAGUUAAGUUGCAGUACCACAAGGAUUUUUUGGUGGAUGAAGAUUGCAACUGGAUGUUACAAGGCUGGAAAGGAAGAGUUAUCUAUGCUCUUUCUUGUUGGAAACCUGAUUCUGAAUAA